AAAUCAAAUGGAUGCAGAGCUGGGGCAGCAGAGAGGGAGGGCGCGCUGAUGGCCAUUGGUAAACGGAAGGAUUUGCGUCGUCGGUGCCAAAGCCAAUCGAUGCGCUCUCGUGCUUGGGAAGGGGAACGAGCGCGAACGGAACAAAUGGAACCUGAUAAAAAGGGGCGCGUGCUGCCGAAGCGCGGCAGAGAAACACGAGACCACACAGCCGCAGCAGCGCGUGGGACAGCGGAUACACCACCGGUAACUACGGACUACGUAACCGUCCGGCUGACAGUGUGCUGACGUGAAUUCCCCCUCACUCCCUCAUCACUUGCUCAAGGAGAAGAGCUUCAGCUGCGUACUGGUGAGGCUGCCCAGAGCAGGAGAAGCAGGAAAGAACUACGUCUUCGGAGAGUGGAUUAGAGACAGAGAGAGAGAGAGAGAGGGAGAGAGGGAGAGUCUGGCUGAACAUCCCUCAGGAUGAAGAAAAGCAGUAAUGCGCAGGGGGUUACACCAGACGAUGAGAAUAAGGAGCCUCCUGUGGGGCAAUUUUCAGCAGGCAGUACCCUCGGGGUGGAGUUGUGCAAAGUCCACAGGCGGUUUUCUGGAAACCUGCAGCUGCCUCCGUUGUCAUGGCGACAAGCAGAAAAGGAGAGGGACAGGGGCAGGCCGCUAACACCUGACGAAGAUCCAGUGACCCGGACCAGGCCGACAAGUCUGCCCAUCGUCUCUCUGCCCCGCAUCGACAUCACACAGGCUGACCCUGACAGCUUUGAAGUGGAGAAUGGCCCAUCAUUAUGCUGCAGUCCUUCAGACCCGCAGGCAUCCCCAGGUUCAGGUCUGGUCCUACAUCCCAACCUGGCGGGCCAUGGCCAGCGCCGGGAGUCCUUCCUGUACCGCUCUGACAGCGACUACGACCUGUCACCAAAGUCUUUGUCUCGAAACUCUUCCAUUGUUGGAGAACUGCAUGGAGAGGACUUGAUUGUGACUCCAUUUGCCCAGGUUCUGGCAAGCCUUCGGACUGUCAGGAACAAUUUCACCACCUUGACAAAUGUGCAAUGUGCAUCCUAUAAAAAGUCUCCUGCUGCAAGUCAGCCUUCUGUCACCAAAGUCUGUCUAUCAGAUGAGUCCUACCAGAAGCUGGCUAUGGAGACCAUGGAGGAGCUGGACUGGUGUCUGGACCAGUUGGAGACCAUCCAGACCUACCGCUCAGUUAGCGACAUGGCCUCCAACAAGUUCAAGAGGAUGCUGAACCGGGAGCUGAGCCACCUGUCUGAGAUGAGUCGCUCAGGCAACCAAGUGUCAGAGUACAUCUCCAACACCUUCCUAGACAAGCAGAAUGAGCUUGAGCUUCCGUGUCCAGUUCCUAAGUCGAGGGAAAGGAAGAGGAGGCAGGGCCAGCAGCAGCAGCAGCAGCAAAAACACAAAAAAAAAAACACAACACAAUUGUGUGAUUAGCUGAGACACUUACAGUCCUCUUGUCUGUCUCUCUAACAGGACUUGGAGGAUAUCAACAAAUGGGGCCUGAAUAUCUUCAGAGUGGCAGAGCACUCUCAUAACCGACCGCUCACGUGCAUCAUGUACACCAUCUUUCAGGAGCGAGACCUGAUGAGGACGUUCAAGAUUCCAACGGACACCUUUGUGACGUUCAUGCUGACCCUGGAGGGCCACUAUCACUCCGACGUGGCCUACCACAACAGCCUACACGCUGCUGAUGUAGCCCAGUCCACGCAUAUCCUCCUCUCCACGCCCGCACUCGAUGCGGUCUUUACUGAUCUGGAGAUCUUGGCAGCCAUUUUCGCUGCAGCCAUUCACGACGUGGACCACCCAGGGGUAUCCAACCAGUUCCUCAUCAACACCAACUCAGAGCUGGCUCUGAUGUACAACGAUGAGUCAGUGCUGGAGAACCACCACCUGGCCGUGGGCUUCAAACUGCUGCAGGAAGACAACUGCGACAUCUUCCAAAACCUCACCAAGAAGCAGAGGCAGACACUCCGGAGGAUGGUCAUAGACAUGGUAUUGGCAACUGACAUGUCCAAACACAUGAGCCUGCUGGCUAAUCUGAAGACAAUGGUGGAAACUAAGAAAGUGACCAGCUCUGGAGUCCUGCUGUUGGAUAACUACACAGACAGGAUGCAGGUUUUGCGUAACAUGGUUCACUGUGCGGACCUGAGCAACCCAACCAAGCCUCUGGAUCUGUACCGGCAGUGGACAGACAGGAUCAUGGAUGAGUUCUUCCACCAGGGAGACAGAGAGAGGGAGAGGGGCAUGGAGAUCAGUCCCAUGUGCGACAAACACACAGCUUCAGUGGAGAGAACACAGGUUGGCUUUAUUGACUACAUAGUCCACCCUCUAUGGGAGACGUGGGCUGACCUGGUCCACCCUGAUGCCCAGGACAUCCUGGACACACUGGAGGACAACAGGAAUUGGUACCAGAGCAUGAUCCCCCAGAGUCCCUCCCCUCCCUUCUACACUAGCGAUGGGGAGGGCGGCCCACAUGGGGAGGUGGAGGGGGGACCUGCGGCGAGUAAAUUUCAGUUUGAACUGACGCUGGAUGACCAAGAUGGAGACAGUGAGAGCGGGAUGAUGGAGACAGCUGACGGCGUGACACUCCAAGACCAUCCCUCUGAUCCAGACGGGGUAGAAACAGAGACACGUGACGUCUCCCCAGCGGAAACAUAGCUGAACUGAUGGUGUUCUUGAGUGCAGCAGGUUUUUUUGCUGUUUUGGUUGAAUUCAUUGAAUUGCAGUGGAGCAAUCCUGCAAUCUGGCUCUUUGGAGCUGCCUGGCAAAGAGGGCCUGACUGAAUGUGGGGCACCCCUGCAAACGAGGCUUGGAAACCCUGUGGCAGUUUCUUUUUGAGCCCCCUAGAUGGGAGCUGGAAGAGCGUAGCGACUGAUCUUGAAAGAAUGGACUACUGUCGUGCUGCAGAGGCAGGGCUGAAUCUUGGUUCUCACAAAGGAAGUGAAGUGGGCGAUAUGUAUCCGUGUACUGGGACUCCUAUAAAUUCCAAACUUUGCACUUCAGGAUGUUUUUUAUGUUUGUUACGAUUCUUUGUAUUGUGUCGGGAUCGGAUGCCACCUGGUUAAGUGUCCAACCAAAACUACUGGUCAGCAAGUUAUUUGUAAACAAGUAGUUUUUUCUAACACAAAGUUGUGUGCCUUUUUUUUUUAAACAACAGUGUCUUUUUGUACGUGUUUUUAUAAUUUAUUGAACACAUUCAUGUAGCUGUAAAAUGUGUAAAAUUUUCGACAAAAGGACAUAUUUGUCUCACACAGUCUUCCUAAUGUUCUGGCAAUAGUAUAAGCUUGUUCUCACAAAAGCGUCCAGUGGAUGUAUUUCUAAAAUCAGCUGACUUCCCAGCACAAUUUGCACUUUGUGGCAAAGGACGAAGAGAAUGGAAAGUAUCAGUAUUUUACAGAAAACAUUAUAGUAAACAUGUGAAACCAAAAGAAUAAUUUAAGUUUUUUUCCCCAAUAAUCCAUUUCAUAAGCAAUUAAAUAAGUCAUAGACCAUAUUCCUUGAAAGUGGAGCAAAGUUUUGUAUUUUUGAGUCCAAAAACAUCUUAAAAAAAAAAAAAAAAACUCCAAAGAUCCUGAAAAGAAAGCUCUUUGAUGAUUUCACUGCCACCUCUGAAAAGUGUGAUCUCACACUUGAAGAGUCACUAGUGUAACAAGUCAAACUUCCAACCAGAAGCCAAAUUGAUCCCUUGUGUCUUCCUGUUGCUGGAUAAAGAGUUCAGGCAAAUGAAAGGGAAAUCACCAAAAAUAUCCAAGAUAACAGUUUAACAAUCCCCGCACCUUGUAUUGUGCUGAGCUGUUCCAGUAUGGGAAAUCUCUUACCACCUUGUAAUUCCCAUUGUCAUCAGCUCACACCUGUUGUAAUUAACAGCAUUCCAUCCUCGUGAAUACGCUUUACACCGUGACCCAUUUUAAACUUUGAAUGACUGUAAGACUGUGUGCACAUUUUAAAGACACCUGUUAGUGAUAGAUUAAUUGUAUCUUGUAGUUUUUAUUUCAGCACUUUGAAUAUGUCAACAGUUUGGCAGCUGGUUGCUGAUCUGUCCAACACUACCUUAAAGGUACCACAUUGUAAGGUGCAACCCUCAGAAUAGAAGUAGGGGGGCUGGGUCAAUAUCGUGUCAUGACAUGAUAUUUCCUGUGUGUGUGUGUGUGUGUGUGCGUGUGCGUGUGUGUGUGUGUGAGUGCGUGUGAAGUGGUCACAGAGUUGCACAAUCUUGUUGCACCCAGCUGUGAUGUGCUGACCCCUCAGCUGUUUGUAACAGUGUAUUUAUUAUUCUUGUAUAUGAUUAUAUUGAUAUUGAUUGUUAAUAUUCCCUGUAUAUUUGUUAUUAUUUAUAUGCACUACCACAUGUCAAAUCACAGUUUGACUGAACUUGUAUGGUGGUUCUGAUUUAUUGUAUUUCACAAGCUGUUUGCUGUUUGGUUUAUAAGACCAUAACAUGAAGUUAUACAUGAAUCAAUUUUGACAAUUUGAAAUGUAUGUUUGGUUUUAAAAUUCUAGCCAGAAGAUGUUUGUACAGUCUGAACCAACAACACCUUAUGUUAGGUGCAGAAGAAGUCUGGCUUUAGUUUUUGUCUUUUGUUCCUGGCGGAUUAUGAAGGCUGGAUAUUUGCUGCAGUAUAUUGUGUACGGUGACGGGUCAUUGUACAGCUAUAGGAAUAUUUGCUGAAAUAUAUAACAUUGUUCAAAUAUAUUUUUUCAGUGUUUUCCUCACCUCCCUUAUAUGGUAAAAUGGUGUAUGUUGUGCUCAACAAAUGUUUUCUAUCAGAUUAUUAAAAUGGGCAUGUAUUACAGAA